UAUGAUUUUAAUAAUAUACACUAGAAUAGACUUGAAUAAAACCAAAAAAACGCCAAAAAGCUAAACGGAAAUUCUGACGCCAAACGUUUUUGAAAAAAGCCAAAAUGGCAACCUGAAGCUUUGUUUAGUUUUCUACUGUUUCGCAAGACCUUCGCGACCACACUAGGACCCCCAGGUAAAGGUUGGGAACCGCUGUGCAAGAGGAUUGCUGGACUGGACUCAUUGUCGCCGUAAGGCAGUACGGUAGGUGGUUCACGCAACCGCUGUUCGGUUGUGGCUUCCUCCACCAUCAAGACUGUUGUAGGAGUAAUAGGGAAUGGACAUCAGUUUUGAAAUCUCAAUUAACAACAGCUGAAUUAGUUGCUGAAUAUCAGGCAUUUCUAUCUAAUAAGAGAAGAAAAAAAACGGGAUCAUCUUCAGAUGAUGAUGAUAUUGAAUUCCAAGAUACUGUCAAGAAAUAUUCAACACAAAGUUCAGACUCUGGAUCAGAUUUUGAAGAUCCUAAUUCUGAUGCCGAUUCUGUGAUGGAGGCAAAUGUUGAAGAAUUUGUUAUUAGCACCACCAUUGUUUCACCAAACAAAGACGGGAAUGGGACAUAGGCUCUAUAAAAUCCUGACCCUCAUAUUUUACUUAUGAAGCAAUGAUGAUGAACAUCAAGUAUUCAGUUGAUAUCAAACACGUUGGGAAUGAAAAACUGAUAGACAUAACAUAUGGUACACACAUACUCACCCACUCAGGUGCAUAAGAUUUAGAUGCUUCAAUGCUACAUUCUGUAAAUAUGGAUGUGGGAUGAUCUAAAAAUAUGAUUAUGAGAAGAGAGAUUAUAUGAGAGUCCAUAUUCUAUGCCCAGAAUUUUUUUUCUAAAACCGUAUUCGAUUUCAAAAGGCACUUCUUGUAUGAUGAUUUACUAGAGGCUAUCCAGUUUAGGAGUACGUAUUGUUAUUUCUACUUUUUCUCCUCUAUGGAAAAUCAGAUGAGCUUUACCUAUUGCGUAUUAUGAUUUUAUAAUUGCAUUGGUUGUUUUGCAUGACAGAUUUCAUCUUUGAUUUCUUGCAUAUUACUUUGUCAACAACCGCAUAGCUUUCCAUUCUAUCCCAGUAGUGGUUAUGAAAUGUUAAUUUUAUUAUUAUAAAUAAUAAUUUGUGGUGUAUAUGUUGACCUGUUAAUUUUUUUGUCUGUUAUUUUUCGACUUAGUAUGAAUAAUGUGGGGAGAAUGACUACAAUUUUAAAACAAAUAUUGAACUCUUACAAAUUGCUUGGUGAGUGUCUGUCAGUGACUCGUGUUGAAAAUAUGCUCCAGAUUCAUAGAUUUUCAUCAGACAUCAGAAACAGUUCUCAAACAUAUAAUGAAUUAUACAAAUACUGGUACAAUCGAUUUAUUUCUGAUGACAUUCUUGAACCAGAAGAAUCCGCGGGAUAUAUAUUUGCUCAUCUGUUUAACAAAAAAACUAUUUCACUUGUCCCGCAAAGUUGCAUGAACAAUCUUAUACCACAUGAAAAGAUAUCAUAUGUUAAUGAUCUAUGUGUAAAAAAAUUGAAACGAAUGCCAAUACAAUAUAUCCUUGGAGAGUGGGAUUUCUUUGGAGUUAAUUUAAAAAUGAAACCUCCUGUAUUCAUUCCGCGUCCAGAAACUGAGGAACUUGUAAAACAUGUUUUACAAUGCAUCAAAUGCCGUCUAAACAAUCAUGGUUCAAAAAACUCACCUUUGAAAAUUCUUGAAAUAGGAUGCGGAUCAGGUGCUAUCACAUUAUCCUUGCUGCACAACUUGAAACAUGAAAAUGUGAAAUUUGUUGCUAUAGAUGCAACUUCUCAUGCAGUCCAGUUAUCAAAAGAAAAUUCUAAACUGUUGAACUUAGACAUGUUGACUAAGCUUCAGAUACUUCACAUUGAAUGUGGUGUUGCAAAAAGUAUACCACUGCUGGAAAAAUUUGCACCAUUCGAUAUUAUUGUCAGCAACCCACCCUACAUACCAACAUCGGAUAUGAAAAAUCUUCCAGAUGAAAUAUCAAUGUAUGAAGAUAAUAUAGCACUACAUGGUGGAAAUAAAGGCCUUGACGUCAUAGACGGAAUUCUAGAAUUGGCUAAACAUAUGCUGACAAAGAAUGGGUCAAUCUGGCUGGAAGUUGAUUCUUCACAUUCUUCUAUAUUUCGAACAUCCUAUGCUCAUUGGAUGGUGGAAUCUUACAAGGAUCUUUUCGAUAAUUUCCGAUUUUGUCAUUUUAGAAAAUCAAUUUAAUACAUUUUUAAUAUGGAA